GCCUGGUAGGCAACGCGCAGGGGCAGCAAGAUGGCCCUGAGCUCCUGGUCCCCAGAGCUGGGGUUCGGCGGGAAGGUGCUGCUGCAGGCAGCAGCCGUCUCCACCGGCCCCUCCCUGGAAUUAUGCACCUUCCCCUCCUCCCUGGGCUCCUCGGUCGCGACCGCUGCGCUGGAGCAGCUCUCUGUUGUGGAACAAUCACUGCAAAGUGACUAUUUUAAAUGCAACGAAGAAGCUAGGAGCUUUCUUAAGGACAUUGCUAUCGCUGUUAAGAAAUUGGAAGAAAUGAGAAAAGCCACAAUUGAUCUCCUGGAAGUUGAAAGCAUGGAACUCAGCAGACUAUAUUUCCUACUGGAAACUCUUCCCAAUAGCAUUGGCAGAGAAUUGGAAGAAUGUGUCAGAGAUGCCCGCAGAUUAAAUCUUUUUGAGAUAAAUCAAUUACAAAUGGACGUUACAAGGAUGAAUAAUGAAAUAGAGUUCCUGAAGAAGAAAAUACUUGAUCUGAAAAAAAUUAAUGAAAUUCUAGGUGAACAGCAAGAGGAGCUGGUGAGGAGGCACGAAAAGUUGGUGCUGUCACUCAACCACACGAUGGAAGAAAAAGCUGCUGUCACUGUUUACAUCAAUGAGACUUACACCAAAAUAAACUCGGAGAAAAAAGAGUUAGAAUUCCAAAACCAACGUCUCAAAGAAAUACAGGAACAAAUGGAAAAAGAAAAAGCGAAAUAUUUGGCAAGAAAACAAAAAUUGAAUCAAGAGAUUGAGGAAUAUAAAAAACUCUGUGAAUUGAAGAGAAAGGAUACUUAUCAAAAGAAGAAAGAAUUGGAUACAUUAAAACUUAAAGUGUCAAAAAUGAGAGAAACAGUUAGUACCAGGACAGUGGUUCUUAGUGAUCACAAUUUAGAGAUAGCACAACUACAAGAAUCAAUAAGGCAUUGGGAACAAGAGGUUGAAGAAAUGAAGAAAUCCUGUAAGAUCCUGGAGGAUAAAAUGCAUUUUUUUAUGAAUAACAAGGAAAAACUGGAAGAUUCAUCUAGUGUUGAAAAAGAUGAAAUUUUGCAGAAGAUAAAGCAGAUGGCUGAAAAACUACACAAAAAUCAUUUAGAGAGCAAAGAUCUACGGGAGAAAUUGCAUGCUCUUACCAAACAAUAUAAGAUUGUCUUAAGUGAGGAGGAGAAAGUUUUUAUACAGAAACAGAACACUUAUAAUGAGAAUCAGAAACAAAUGGCGUUUAUUAGUCGGAAAGAAAACUUCCUAUCGCAAAGGAAAGUAGACAUCAAAAAUAUGGAGGAAGGACUUGUCACUCUCCAGGAACUUCAUCAAGCAACAAAGGAAGUAUAUCGGAGACAAGUAAAAAUCCUGAAUGACAACCGGGAAAGAGAAAGUCAGAGAUGCGUCAUAACUCAGUGGAAAAUUGCUUGUUCACGAAAAAAACAUGCAUGUUUGAAAAAGAAGCUGGAGUCUGAAGUACAAGAAAUUUUAGAUGAAGUACAGACUGCUGAAUCUAGAUGCAUCAAACUAUUGCAAGAGACCAAUUUUAGACAAAAAGAGAUCACUGAGUUUUUGGCAGAGACUGAAAAACUUACAUUGGAAUUAAAACAAGUGGAGGAAGAAUUUAUUGUCAAAGAAAAAAAGUUAGUUCAAGAGUUGAGCAAGUAUGAGCUAAGAUUCGCUAGGGAAACGCAAAGUAACAGAGUAAAGGAAGAUGAACUAGUCGAGCGUCUUCCGCAACUUCAAGUGGCAGAAGAAGAAUACAUGAGCAAAGCUGGAAAACUGGAAGAGCUCAUUCAUUUUAUUACAGCACAAAAGCAGGAGCAGAAUUUACUGAACGAUUCCACUUCUCAAAUGGCAAGAGACUUUUCAAGAUUUCUCAGCAACUCGGAAAAAGUGAAGAAAGAACUCAAAUACUUACGAGACCAAGAAAGCCAUAAGAUCAAAAGUCAUUUUGAAACUCUCAAGAACUUAGAAAAUGAAAUCUAUGUACAUGACUUAAAAGUAGAUGCUUUGCUCCUGGAAAAUGAAAAAUUAAGAAAAUAUAUUGCAUAUAUGAAGAACAACAUAGAGCUAUACAAAAAAAGAGAAGAAGACCUCAAGUGCACGUCAGGUGACCUGUGUUGGCAACUGACAGCUCAUCAGAGGAAGUAUUUGGAUUUGUGGGCUGAAUUUCAGACUACAGUUAAGGAACUGGUAAACAGUGGUGGUGAGACUUUGCAAGGAAUAAAAAAGCUAACAGAGAGGCUGCAGGAAAGGGAUGAAAACAUUGAGCGUAUCAGCAUUUGGCUACAAGGGAAUCUUGAAGAGCUGCGUUUUCUUAUGGAACAGGAAUUGAAAACGGACCUCCAUAAAAAGAAGAAACACGUUCAUAUCAAAAAGGUCCACCCCCCCGUGGUUGAAUGUACCAGGAAAAACGCAUUAACAGAGAAAAAAUAACAUAAUAACUUCAAAGAUACAACUGCUGUGAAUUCAAAAGGCACAAAAAACAACCAGAAGAGGUUUUCGACCAAACCACCUAUAAACAAAAAACCUGUUACAUAAAUUAUGCUCUAGUUUUAUAAUCAAAAUACUGUAUUGGUAAAAAUAAACAGAUAACAACAAACAACGUA